AUAGUGGUGACUGAUGGGUAACAAGAGCAGUUCAUGCCGGGAACGCUCGAGGUGCUGUGCCUGCUGUCGCAAUGUACCACCUGACGACACUCCCACACAUGCAUUGGAUAAGAACUUGGAGAACCCGGAUGUUGAUGACCCCGGGGAAGAAGACCCGGAUGAAACAACUCCGGCAAUGGCGCAAACAAUAUCAGACAAAUCAGCAACGCGGAUCCGUCGAUCUAGACAAUGUAAAACAUGCUGCAAAAAAUUCACAGCAUUUCUAUUCUCUCAUAUCGGACUUAUGUGCUUAGUAGUCGCCUACUCAAUAUUUGGCGGCUUCAUUUUCAUGUCACUAGAAUCUCCCCAGGAAGAACUUGUAAGCCAUGGGGUACAUAAAACUCGAAAACUAUAUGUCGAGAGACUAUGGAAUUUGACAGAACGAUUAAAUAUAUUAUAUAAGAAAAACUGGAGUCUAAUGGCAGAUGAUGUUAUGAAGGACUUCCAAGAAGAGAUUAGGGUAGCAGUGAAAUAUGAUGGCUGGGACGGGCAGUCAGAUGGAAAGGACAGUGGGGAAAGACAGUGGACUUUUGCUGGCGCCCUGUUAUAUUCUAUCACCGUGAUAACCACCAUAGGUUAUGGACAUAUUGCUCCCAAGACCGGAUGGGGAAGAGUCUGUACCAUGUUCUACGCCCUAGUCGGGAUUCCACUCAAUUUUCUCUUCCUUGCAAACAUAGGCAGCUUUCUCGCUAAUGCGUUUCGUUUUCUCUACAAGAACAUUUGCCUAGAUAGGAUAUGUUCGCCAUUUUGUCGUUGGUUACAGACGAAGACUAUGAGACGGCCCAAGGGUGUGACAACGACGGUUAGUUAUGAUACCAAUGGUAUGGAAAUGGGUGAAAAGACGGAUAAAAAACAACAGGAUAGUAUAAAACAAGAUUAUUCCUCCAUCAACAAAAAGACAGGAAAGAAAAAGAAAAAAGUGACAAUGCAAGUAUCAAUAGAAGAUUUCGAACCUAGUAUUUCAAAUUGUAACCAAACGAGAACCCAUGAUUACAAACACCGCAUAUUGAAAAACCAUUUGCAGUCGAAGGGGUCAGAAAAGGUGCGCGUGCCACUGACCUUGAGUUUCAUGCUUAUCGUCGGUUAUAUAUUCCUAGGAGCUGCCCUCUUUACAAUGUGGGAAGACGAUUGGGAUUAUCUCAUUGGAUCCUAUUUUUGUUUUAUCACUCUCACCACUAUAGGCUUUGGGGACUUUGUGCCUGGAACGCGGGUUGAUUCUUGGGACGCACAACAGCGCCUGAUAUUUUGUUGUUUAUACCUCGUUUUCGGGCUCGCCCUAAUCGCCAUGUGCUUUGAUUUGAUGCAGGAUGAGGUGCGACAAAAGUUCCGCUGGCUGGGACAAAAGAUCGGGUUGUUAGACAGACCGGACCAAACCUGAUGAAUAUACUUGGAGUGGAUUGAAUUCAAUAUAUUAGGUUUGGAAAGAUACAUGAAGGUCAGAGAAAUAAAUUACCAAUAGGAAAAGUCGCACUGGUUACAUUCUGUUUGCAUUAGGGUGCCUCGACUGGAAUAAACUAAUCUUUGAUUAAUGGGAACAUUUUUCACUAAAACAUCGGAUUUACGAAUUUUGUUAUAUCAUUCUAUUACAAGUGAAAUAUUUAUACAUUUGAUACAUAGAAGUGUAUGCUGGAUAAAAAACGUCAUUCUGUGUUCUGGAUCCAAAUGACAUUAACAGAAGUUGUUACCCGCAGUUUCCUAUAAGAUCAAAAUGUUCUUGCAUUCAAUACCAAGGCAACGCACGUCUAAUGAUCAUACAUUUCGACAUACCAAUAAGCAGAAUGGGCCACUAUAUAUCUUGGUGUAUCACCAUAAAACGACCUAUAUGUAUAUCAUAUUGCGAUAGGACCGAUGAACUUAAAUGAAUUGUGAUCAGCAUUUCCAUCAAUGAUACUGCCAAUGCCAGUUAAAUAAUGCAGUGAUAUUAACCAUAGAAUUAAAAGAUGGCGUUACCUGGUAGACACCGAGUUUGAAAUGAACAACUAUCCCGAAGUGAAUACUAUUUUCC